AAAAAUUAAAAUGCCUUGUAUAAAGGGACGGGGGAGUAUCAGCGUAUCUCCUCUCCACCCUCGCAGUCCAAACCGAGCAAGAUCUCCCCUGUUUCUCUCUCUCUCUCAACUGUGAACUCUGAACUCAAUCCAGGAGAUCUCUCCAUCAUGUGUUAAUCUGCAUCUUUGUCUCCAUCCAUCUCUGCCGCACUCAAUCACACUGCAACUGCAACUGCAUCAAGAAUCCAUCCAUCCUUUCUCCCUGCCAAUAAUUUCUCAAGAAAAAAAAGAAGAAAAAAACUGUCGUCUCUCUCCGUUGAUAGCGACCUUGCCUUGCGUUGUCUCCGGCUUCUUCGCCUAUAAAUCAUCGUCUUCCUCCUCCUCUUCGCUUCCAAAAUCCUCGAGAUUUUCUUGUUGCAUUGCAUUGUGGAGGGGAGAGGAGGAGGAGAGAUGAGGGAGUACUGGACGUCGCUGGCGUCGCUGAUGGGCGCGGUGGCGUUCUUGCAGGGGGUGGUGCACGCGGUGUUCCCGGCGGAGCUCCGGGCGGCGGUGGCGCGGCUGCUGGGGCGGGCGACGCGCGCCUUCUCGCCCUACUGCUACUUCGACGUGACGGAGACGGAGGGGAUGGGCACCAACGAGAUCUACGACGCCGUGCAGCUCUACCUCAGCAGCUCGGCGGCGCCCGCCGCGGGGGCCAGGCUCACCCUGUCGCGCCCCCACAACGCGUCGUCCUUCACCUUCGGCCUCGCCGCCAGCGACCGGGUGCUCGACGCCUUCCGCGGCGCCGCCGUCACGUGGGAGCACGUCGUCGCGCCGCGCCAGGCGCAGGGCUUCUCGUGGCGCCCGCUCCCCGAGGAGAAGCGCCGGUUCACGCUCCGGAUCCGCCGCGGCGACCGGGGCGUUCUGCUCCCGGCGUACCUCGACCACAUCCUCGCCGCCGCCGCGGACAUCCGGCGCCGCAGCCAGGACCGGCUGCUCUACACCAACGCGCGCGGCGGCGCCAUGGACGCGCGCGGCCUGCCGUGGGACCCCGUCCCGUUCAAGCACCCCAGCACGUUCGACACGCUCGCCAUGGACCCGGAGCGCAAGGCCGCCAUCAUGGCCGACCUCCGCGACUUCGCCGACGGGAGCGCGUUCUACGAGCGCACGGGCCGCGCGUGGAAGCGCGGCUACCUCCUGUACGGCCCGCCCGGGACGGGCAAGUCGAGCAUGAUCGCCGCCAUGGCGAACCACCUCGGCUACGACGUGUACGACCUCGAGCUCACCGAGGUCGGCAGCAACGCCGAGCUCCGGAAGCUGCUGAUGAAGACGACCUCCAAGUCCAUCAUCGUGAUCGAGGACAUCGACUGCUCCGUCGACCUCACCAACCGCGCCACCGCCGCGGCCGCGGCGCAGCCGCCGAAGCCGCGGGCGAGCAUCGACGGCGGCGCGAUCGACCAGGACGCGGCGGCGGCGCCGGCCGGCGCGGCGGCGCGGUCGAUCACGCUCUCCGGCCUGCUCAACUUCACCGACGGCCUCUGGUCGUGCUGCGGCUCGGAGCGCAUCUUCGUCUUCACCACCAACCACAUCGAGAAGCUCGACCCGGCGCUGCUCCGCUCCGGCCGCAUGGACAUGCACAUCUUCAUGAGCUACUGCACGUUCCCGGCGCUCAAGAUCCUCCUCCGGAACUACCUCGACGACGACUCCUCCGCCUCCUCCUCCUCCGCUGCAGCCGCCGCCACCAUGGCCGGGCUGGAGACGUGGAUCGACGCGGCGGAGAUCACGCCGGCGGACGUGAGCGAGGUGCUGAUCAAGAACCGCAGGAACGGGCGCGAGCAAGCCAUGGAACAGCUCCUCGAGGUGCUCAAGGCGCGCGCCGAGAAGCGCCCGCCGUCGGCGGCGGCCGGGAACGCGACCGGCGGCGGCGACAACGAGGAGGAGGAGGAGGAGGAGGAGAAGAGGGCAUUGGAGAGCCCCAAGGAAGGCGGCGGCGAGGACGGACAGGACGAGGAGACGGAGGCCAAGAAACAGCUGAGUGAGUGAGUGAGUGAUAGUGAGAGUGAGAGUGAAAGGAGGGAAAAGGGAAAGGUUCAAAAUUUCCCUGUUUGGUGACAUCUCCAUGGCACUUUUCACGGCGGGGAUGAUGCAGUGCAAGAAAGGAGCUUUCUUGAACCAAAAAAAAAAAGAAAACUUUUCUUUGUCUUCAUUUUUAUGUCCUUAAUUACCCUCUUGAUGCCUGUAUUACUACUAGUUACUAGUGCUAGCUUAGUAGGUGCCUCCUCUUGAGUUAGUAGUUUUCUCCGGCAAUAAGGAUUUAGCUUGUGAAAUCAUAUGAGGUAGUAGUAGUAGCAUUGUAGGAGUUUUAUACUUCGUCUGGUAAUCUGAAGCUCUGAGCAUGUGCUUCCUUGAUCUGAUCCUCUGUUUGUAGUGUCCUAGUGAGAAUGUGCUGAUUCUCUUGGUGGUUGAGUAGCAGUUUGAAAGUGGAGUAUACCACAUCUUCUCAUA